AGGGUCCGAGCCGGUCGGGGGGCCAUGGAUUUGGAGAUGUCCUAGCCGAGCCCGGCGCCCACAUCCGCUUGCCCCCUCGGCCCGCUCUCCAAACUCUCCCCACGUGAAAUGGAACAGCGGGGACCGAUCAGCGCCCUCCGAUACCUGCUGCUGCAUGCCCCGCUGCUCCUCAUAGCCAACGCUACAUUCACCGAAGUCCCCAAAGAUGUGACUGUUAGGGAGGGAGAAGAUAUUGAGAUGCCCUGUGCUUUCCGGGCGAGUGGAUCAACCUCCUACUCGCUGGAGAUCCAGUGGUGGUAUCUUAAAGACCCGCCCCGGGAGCUGGCCCACGAAUUAGCGCUCAGUGCCCCUGGCAGCAGAAACAAGGUAACAAAUAAGGAUGCAACCAAAAUCAGCACGGUGCGGGUCCAGGGCAAUGACAUCUCGCACCGGCUGCGGCUGUCGGCCGUGCGGCGGCAGGACGAAGGCGUGUACGAAUGCCGGGUGUCGGACUACAGCGACGACGAGACGCAGGAGCACAAGGCCCAGGCGCUGCUGCGGGUGCUGUCGCGCUUCGCGCCGCCGGACAUGCAGGCCGCCGAGGCCGUGUCUCACAUCCAGAGCAGCGGCCCACGCCGCCACGGGGCCACCGGCCGGGCCACCUCCGAGCCUGGACGAGACAAGAGGCCCCCGGGAGGAGCCGGGGCCGGGGCCGCCAACGCCGCCUCCGCCCCAGCAGCAGCGGCCGCCGCGGGCGCCGAGAGCGGGGCUGCCGUGGCCUCCGCAGCCAACGCCGCCACCACCACCGCAGCUGCAGCCGCCGCCGCGGCCACAGCCGCCUCCUCGGCCUCGCCACCGCCGGGCAGGGCGGUCAUCCUGCGCCAGAGGCACGGCUCUGGUGAGUCUGCCCGACCCCCCGCCGGGCGCUGGCGCGCACGGGCACGGGCAUGGUCACAGUCACGGUCAUUCAGCCAGUCUAGCUCGGUAGCCGGGGCUGUCAGUUACAGGGCGCGAAGGCGCCUGCGCGAACCCCAGCCAGCGUCGGGCAGGUGGGACCGCAGCCACCUGCUCGCAACCCUGGGCAGCCUUGUCAGCGUAGACUCCUCCAGGGGUGCUAGGUGUACCCCCCCUGGGGGCUUCCCCCUCACUCACUCGCAGCAGGGAAGAGGCUGGGCCGUUUAUCGACCACCUACUCCCACUCCUCUUGGAAAGAAGAGUGACCUUUCCUGGGUCCCUACCCCGCCCCUUCCCCGCUCUCGGCCUCUGAGCCGCCUUCCAGACAGGAGCUGA